AUGAAGACUCCAGCAUCCAUCGCCGCGACUUUGGAGAAGGUGUUGAUAGCUGCAAGGGGAGUAUUGAGAACCACUGCUUUUGUCCUUGUCUUCCUUGGCGACUCGGGAUCGAUGUCUUCAUCAUCCAUGAGUGAACUUGUUCUCCAGACCAUGCUGUGGGUCUGGACACUAUAUCACUGGAUGCUUGAUGUUCACUUCAUCUACUUCUAUCAGAAACGUGAUGACCCAGCCGCCAUCAACCGCCAGUUGGUGAUCUCAAGCCGCUCGGGCACGUGGCUCAUAUUCAAUGCAACCAGGGAGCUGGACACUGCAGAAAUUCCCUCAUGUUCAACACAAAUUAAUAGCUGGUGUAAGGACACAGUGCUUUUGGUGAUGAAGUUGCAAGUUUAUAGGACUUGGGUAGGCUUUGUCCUCAACUGCAUGACACAGCUGUUCUUGCAUGCCACCAACACAAAUAUCAAAAAUAGACGCUUCAACCAGGCUCUCAACAAUGUUGCAUGCUGGGGAUACUGGGAUACAACCAGUUCUUAUAUGCUGGGUACCACUUGCCAGAAUGCUAUCUGGGUCAAAGCACUUGAAGAUGCGUCUGGAUGGGCUUGGUUCAUCCCUCUUCACGAUGGAUCAACAUCACAAUCCUACGGAUAA